AUGUUAAUCUUCUGGGUCGGAAACCUGGCAUCGAAGCUCGCAGCGGCGGUCUCGGAAUGCGAGGACACGCUCAGCGUGGGGGGGGGGCUGUAUGGCCUUUUGCCGGGCAAUGAUCGAGGGCCGCUCUGUGCCUCAGGUGUGGGUCAACUUGCCGGUGCCUUGGGGGAGUUGGCUGGGGCUUCGUCGAUGGCCGCAACCUCGUGCGGGAACAUCACGGACGAUGAUCAGUAUGACUAUGAGCAUCACAGGAACCACUUCUUCGACGGGCACGUCAGCACUUUCGGGGAUCAGACGCAGGAAUACAGCGAAUGGAGAAACUUGUGGGACGAACGCAAGCUCCUGAUCGGGGAGGGCUACGUAGGCAACGACAUUCAAUGUGCAGUGGACGUGGGCUUGGUUGCCACAAACAUCGCAAACAUGGGCCUUGCAAUCAACUCAGCAGUGAGAUCGGGAAACUGUCAGAACAAGAUUCUGCCGAAGCGAGAA